GCUGAGGUGGGGGCCAUGUCAGCGCUAGCCCCCCUGCGUCUGCUGCGUGAGCCCUGGAAUGACAGUGACGGCAACCAAAGCAACGUCACAGCAGGGACCAGCAGUGCGUGGUGCCAGGGGCUCAAUGUCCCCAAUGAACUCUUCCUCACAUUGAGCCUGGUGAGCCUGGUGGAGAACCUCCUGGUGGUGGCUGCCAUCCUGAAGAACAGGAACCUGCACUCGCCCAUGUACUACUUCAUCUGUUGCCUGGCCAUUUCUGACAUGCUGGUGAGCGUCAGCAACCUGGUGGAGACGCUGUUCAUGCUGCUGAUGGAGCACGGCGUGCUGGUGAUCCACGCCAACAUCGUCCGCCACAUGGAUAAUGUCAUCGACAUGCUCAUCUGCAGCUCUGUUGUGUCCUCUCUCUCCUUCCUGGGGGUCAUCGCAGUGGACCGCUACAUUACCAUCUUCUACGCCCUGCGCUACCACAGCAUCAUGACACUACAACGGGCUGUGGUGACCAUGGCCAGCAUCUGGCUGGCCAGCACUGUCUCCAGCACCAUCUUCAUCACCUACUACCGCAACAACGCCAUCCUCCUCUGCCUCAUCAGCUUCUUCCUCUUCAUGCUGGUCCUCAUGCUGGUGCUCUACAUCCACAUGUUCACUCUGGCGUGCCACCACCUCCGCAGCAUCUCCAGCCAACAGAAGCAGCCCACUGUCUACCGCAGCAGCAGCCUGAAGGGAGCUGUCACGCUCACCAUCCUCCUGGGUGUCUUCUUCAUCUGCUGGGGGCCCUUCUUCUUCCACCUCAUUCUUAUCGUCACCUGCCCCACCAACCCCUUCUGCACCUGCUUCUUCAGCUACUUCAACCUCUUCCUCAUCCUCAUUAUCUGCAAUUCGGUGGUCGAUCCCCUCAUCUAUGCCUUCCGGAGCCAGGAGCUCCGGCGGACGCUGCGGGAGGUGGUGCUGUGCUCCUGCUCAAUUGUUCCCGGUUGCCGGCCCCGGGGGGACCGGUGGGGACCGGGAGGGACCGUCGGAGCAUCCCUGGGCGGCAGGUCCCGCGGGGGAAGCCCCGGACAAAGGGCCCCUCGCCGCCUCCUUUGUUCUCGGCCGCGCCCGCCGCGGCCCCGCGGGUGCUCCAGGCGCCCGGGACCCCCCGUCCCUGCCCCCCCGGGACGGGUCGGGGAGUCCUCCCCUCCCGCCGCCGCCCCGGGACGCUCCCGCCGUGCCUGGGGGUCCCUCCCCCACCCCCCGCGGGUACCGGGGGCCGCUGCCGCCUCCCCGGAGCGGGAGUCCCACGGGUACCGGCAUCCUCCCGCGAACUGGGGACCCCUCCCGUUUGCCCGGUGCGGGGGUCCUUGCCACCCCGCGGGUACCGGGGGGUCCCCGGGGCGGGUCCCCUCCCGUCUCCCCGGUGCCGGUGUCUAUGCCCCCGCGGGUACCGAAGGUCCCCGUGCAGAGGCGGGUCCCAUCCCGUUUUCCCGGUACCGGGGCCCGUGUCCCCACGGGUACCGGAGGUCCCCGGGGCAAGUCCCCUUCCCUCCUCGUUUUCCCGGUGCCGGCGUCCCCAUGCCGGGGCCAGUCCCCCCUCCUCCCGUCCCCCCGAUGCCGGGGGUCCCCGUGUCGGGGCCGGUCCCCUCCCUUCCCUUGUCCCCGUGCCGAGGGUCCCCGUGCCGGGGCGGGUCCCCUCCCGUCUCCCCGGUGCCGGGGGUCCCCGGUCAGGGCGGGGCGGGCGGUGCCGGUGCCGCAGGGGCUGUUGCAGCGCUGCUGCGGCGGCGUCGGCGGCUGAUUGGCUGCAGGGCGGCGGUGAUGUCAGCGCCCGGCCCGGUGCGGCGCGAGGCGCCUAUAAAGGAGGCGGCGGCGGCGGUGCCGCCCCCCGCGCUCCCGGUGCCGCUCCUCUCCGCUCCUGCUUCCCGCUCCCGUUUUUCCCGGCCCGGCAGCACCAUGAGAGAGAUCGUCCACAUCCAGGCGGGGCAAUGCGGCAACCAGAUCGGCGCCAAGUUCUGGGAGGUGAUCAGCGACGAGCACGGCAUCGACCCCAGCGGCAACUACGUGGGCGACUCUGACCUGCAGCUGGAGCGCAUCAGCGUCUACUACAAUGAGGCCUCCUCUCACAAGUACGUGCCUCGCGCCAUCCUGGUGGACCUGGAGCCAGGGACGAUGGACAGUGUGCGCUCGGGUGCCUUUGGCCACCUCUUCCGCCCUGACAAUUUCAUCUUCGGGCAGAGUGGGGCUGGGAACAACUGGGCAAAGGGCCACUACACAGAAGGGGCUGAGCUGGUAGACUCAGUGCUGGACGUAGUACGGAAGGAAUGUGAGAACUGCGACUGCCUGCAGGGCUUCCAGUUGACCCACUCGCUGGGCGGUGGCACCGGCUCCGGCAUGGGCACUCUCCUCAUCAGCAAGGUGCGGGAGGAGUAUCCUGACCGCAUCAUGAACACUUUCAGCGUGGUACCAUCUCCCAAGGUGUCAGACACAGUGGUGGAGCCCUACAAUGCCACGCUCUCCAUCCACCAACUGGUGGAGAACACAGAUGAGACCUACUGCAUCGAUAAUGAAGCUCUCUAUGAUAUCUGCUUCCGCACCCUCAAGCUGGCCACCCCCACCUAUGGCGACCUCAACCACCUUGUCUCGGCCACAAUGAGUGGUGUCACCACCUCUCUCCGUUUCCCCGGCCAGCUCAAUGCUGACCUCCGCAAGUUGGCCGUCAACAUGGUGCCCUUCCCACGUCUCCACUUCUUCAUGCCAGGCUUCGCCCCACUGACGGCUCGUGGCAGCCAGCAGUACCGUGCCCUUACCGUCCCUGAGCUCACCCAGCAGAUGUUUGAUGCCAAGAACAUGAUGGCUGCCUGUGACCCUCGCCAUGGCCGCUACCUCACUGUGGCCACCGUCUUCCGGGGCCGCAUGUCCAUGAAGGAGGUGGACGAGCAGAUGUUGGCCAUCCAGAGCAAGAACAGCUCCUACUUUGUGGAGUGGAUCCCAAACAAUGUCAAGGUGGCUGUCUGUGACAUCCCUCCCCGGGGCCUGAAGAUGUCUUCCACCUUCAUUGGCAACAGCACAGCCAUCCAGGAGCUCUUCAAACGCAUCUCGGAGCAGUUCACGGCCAUGUUCCGCCGCAAAGCCUUCCUCCACUGGUACACGGGCGAGGGGAUGGACGAGAUGGAGUUCACCGAAGCCGAGAGCAACAUGAAUGACCUGGUGUCCGAGUACCAACAGUACCAGGAUGCCACAGCCGAGGAGGAGGGUGAAAUGUAUGAGGACGACGAGGAGGAGUCGGAGGCGCAGGGCGCCAAGUGAUGCCCCACUGCCGCCCCGCUGCCCGCGGCCGCCCCAGCUUCGCGCUGCUGCCCCUUGGCUGGGCCCUCCCCGCGUGUCCCUUUGGUGUCUCCUGACCCUGUCCCCCCCUGAGCCGGCUCGGCCCCCUCUCCUGCCCUCCUGCCUCCCCCCUUUUCGUUUUUUACUGGUUCGUGUCUAUUAUUUUUUUUGAAUACUUAAUAAAUUUAUUGCUG